UGUUGGAAAUAUUCUUUGUGACCCGCCCGCCAAGUUUCUGAUUCGUAUAGAAGAACUGACUGACUUGACGCUGUUUGUAUUGAAAAUCCGACCGAAUUUUGUUGUUGAUACUGGCUGAGUGACGAAAAUUUCCAGAUUGGUUGUUUCAGGUUGAUGAGUGAAUGUGUUUCUCGCCUUUCCGAUUCUGGCUCGAUUUGACAUCCUCAUCCGUUUCGACUUCCUGUAGUUGAGACAAUCCUCCCUAGAUAAGUGAGUGAAUGAAAUGACCUCUUUCAAAUCCCUCCCGUUGAUGGUGAUUCGCGCUGGGAUUAGUUUUUCCAUAAUACAGUUAUCUGAUGUUUACAACAUUUUGUUAGAGCAGAAGGUGAUCCAGAUAGUACGAAUUAUUCGUAUUCUUUAGAAAGAAAGUAAUAUAUCAGCCUCCGUUCAAUAUAUAUAUAUAUAUAUUCACACCAGUUACUCAGAAGGUACAGUUUCUACAUUAAAACAAUAAAACUAAAAGUAAUGCCACUUUUCUAGUGGAAGGAAGAUCUGUCUGAUAUUCACUGAGUUGACUAAUGAAUUCACAGUAAAUGCGAUACAAAGUUUCUAUUGGUGACACAUAGCCCAAGCUGAAAAUAUUUUGAUGAAAAAUUCAGGACACCCAGUAAGCUUUUUUAUAUUUGUAGGGAUCAUACUUUUAUUAUUGAAUGUUUCAGAGCUUGAUAUCUCGAUAAAAAAUGAAGCGGUUAUUAGCCUAUUCAGUUUAACUUUGUACGGUGUAUAACUGGGAGUAUAUGCACAAGAAAUAAUUCGUUAUACUAAAUAUCACCACUUUACUGAUAUUUCAAAAUGUCACUCUAUAAGCUUUCUACCUUACGUAAAAAAUAAUCCUAAUCUGUUGGUUUCUUCAUUAAGAAGUAAAAUAACGGAUUUUCAUACGAAAAGUCCCAUUUCAUCUGAUGUUGUAAGUAUUAUGCGAAUGUGCAUAAAUGAACAGUCUAUUAUCCUGCAGCUAAACACUUGAAUCAUGAAAUAUGAAUCAAACAGGCGAACAUUGUACGCGCGUAUAAGUGAAGGAAUAAUUAAUGUGAAUAUUUCGAAACAAAGUUUUCAUCAGAGCUUUAUUUUUUUGACUACAUACAACAGUUAAUGGAGGCAGUUUGAGGAAAAUUUUCGAACUGUAUCUAUUACAUCUAUAAAUCACCAAAAAUGAGCUUUAGCAUAUGUAACGUUCUUCUGAUUAUCUCACUUUGAUAUAUUAAGUUUCUUUAUUGUAAAAAUGUCAUUUGAUAGGUAAGACACUUAAGUAUGAUCUUAUCUUAACUAGCUAUGUGUUCUCUUCAUAUUCUUUAAAACAGUAAUAUCAUUAAAUGUCGACAUCUGUUAUGUAACCAGCUCUUUUUUUGUACACUGUGCAACUGUGUUAUCUGCAUUCUCUAUUUACGAUUACUUUUAAUUUGUAUGUUCUAGGUGUAUCGUGAUAGUAUACACAAGUCACCUGCAAAACCGAAUCCGCCUAAUGUACUUACAGUUGAACACAGAAGUAAAUGCAGUUCAUUAAACUCAGUGGAGUUAAUUCACUCAUGUAGGCAUGAAACUAUGUCACUUCCCAAAACUAACGAAACUUUUGUCAAUGAGAUUUACGAUAGUAAUCUCAAACCAUCACCAAGUGUUUACCCAUUGUUUAACGACAUAUUACGCAAAAAUCAUAUUAGCCAUGGUUCUUCACUAAGUAUAUACAGUGAACGUGAAUCAAGUUAUACGCAUGGUAUUCAUAUAUCUGGAGAUUUACUUUUGAUAAUGUUUUACGAUGAUGCACAGAACGCUCUACGUGUUAGCAUUAAACAGGCGCGUAAUCUGGCAAUAGCAGACAAAAAACAUAAUACAACAAAUCCUUAUGUGAAGUCUUAUUUACUACCAGACCGAACAAAGGGAAGUAAGCGAAAGACAUCACAUAAAAAGGAAACAUGUAAUCCAGUCUUUGACGAAGAGUUUAAAUAUCAUAUACUCAGACAAGAUCUUGCAUCACGUACACUUCAGGUGUCUGUUUGGCAUUAUAAUGCAUUAGGCGUUAAUUUAUUUCUGGGAGAAAUUCUCUUGCCAUUGGCCUUUCAUCCAUUUGAUCAAACUUCACAUUGGUACACCCUUGGUGAACGCCGUCUUGUUCCCGCUGCAUCACACUUACAAAUUCAUCGAGGUGAAGUAAUUUUGGCUGUAAAACUUGUUCCAGGUGAAGUAGGCAGUGGUCUUUGCGAAAUUCAUGUGUGGAUUAAAUCUGCGAAAGGAUUAAGCACAUCAACUGGUGGGAAAGCUCCUAAAAAGGAUAAUGUUGAUCCUUAUGUUAAAAUAUACUUGUUACCAAGUAAAGAAAGGAGUUCGAAGCAAAAGACGAAAGUGGUUAGGAAGAAUAAUAAUCCUGAAUGGAACCAGGCAAUCAUUUAUAGGGACAUAUCGCUUACUUCUGUAAAAGAUAUCGGCAUAGAAGUGUCAAUUUGGGAUCAUGAUCGCUUUUCAUCAAAUGAUUUCCUUGGAGGGUGUCGACUGAACUGCGGAUCAUUAAACCAACCAUGGAUGGAUGCAACACAUGCUGAAAGAUCAGUGUGGAUGGCUAUGAUGGAAAGACCAAACACCUGGGUUGAAGGAACAAUACAACUACGGUCGAACUUGAACUAAACGCAUUGACUUUGAAAAAAUCCAGUGCUUCCUUUCUGAUUUCAGUUACAACGACCUGCUAUUAUUAUUAUUAGUAAUAUUGAUUAAAGUAUUGAGAAUAACAAUUGUGUUGAUGAAUCUAACCGAUUACAAUACUUUUGAUUAAGAAAAUAAUACAAGUUCUCUAAUGUCAGUGCUGCAUCACAAAACCCACCUCCCGACUUUUUAUAAUCAUGCGCCAACUGUUUUAAUGGUUGCAUUUUCAAAGAAGAAAGAUGAAACACUUUUGAAAAAUAUUUUCUUACACAAUCUUGUUAUCUGCAUCACUCUCUUCUAGUAUUAUUAUUAUUAGUGCCACUACUACAAAUUUUUCUAUCACUCUUAUGAGCACCACUGUUCUUGCUGUAAUGAAAGCUGCUAAAGAUAAAAGAAGGCGAAAAGAAAUGUGUGUCUGCACAGUGAAGGUGCGGUAUGUCUCUCGUUGCCCUACUGAAACAUCUUCCAUUUCUCUGGCUUGUAUCAUCUCUCUUCGUUUGUUAUGAUUAAUGCUACUUAUUUUGCAUACCACAAAAUAAUAUAAGAAUCUACAUACGGGUUCUACUUUAUUGUAAUACACUCUUCAUUUUGGUUAUGAUUUCUUUGCCUCUGAAUAACAUAAAAAAUAUAUAAGCUAAGAUUUAGUCGAAGGU